AUGGACAUAGAUGACGACCAAAGUGUUGGCCGCAAUGACACAGAUCGUGUAGACAGUAUACUUGUUCCCUGGUUGUCCAGCAAUAACUCCUACGACCCAUCGAUCUAUAAUUUCGGAGAUGGAUCCCAGAACUUUUCAAUUCCAGCCGUGGGAGGGGAGGACGAUGCAGCUGACCUGCCUGUGCUAUUAUCGGUAAGACUGGCCAUCAUCGUCGCCGUCAUCUCCAGCAUCAUCAUCCUCGCCUGGGCCAGCCUGGCCCUGCACCGGAAGCGCAUCAGGGACAGCAAGAAGAGGAAGCGCCGAAAGGAUACGCUCUUGUAG